CCAAAUCAUAUGGAUUCCUCUCUCUCCCUCUCUCUCUGCUUCAAUCCUCUUUGAAUUUUUCUGAUUGAAUCAAAACUUGCACGGAAAGGGGUAUUGAGCUUCUGCCGAAGCUUAUUUCCUCUGUUUCUGAGUAAACAGUGAACGUGAAAAUGCAGGAAACAAACUCCCUUCAAGACCUCCAUAACGGCGGCGGCGGCGGCGGCGGCGUCAAUGGCGGCCACCAGCAGCAGCAGCACAUGUCGAUAUCUAACUUUGAUCUACCGCCGACUCACGAUGACUUCCUUGAACAGAUUCUCUCGGCGGCGUCUCCCUGGCCUGACCUCUCCAAAUCUCAGCCCCCCUGGGAAGCACAGCACCACUCCCUCCCCAUGCCGCCUCUGUCUAACCUCAACGCCGCCGCUGAUGACCAGGCGUACCAUUUUGACGACCAGUCCUCCGCCCUCUUGGCCUCCAAACUCCAGCAGUACCACAUCAACGGUAGUGACGGAGGCGCCGCCGCCGCUGCUGCGAAGGCGCUUAUGCUUCAGCAGCAGUUGUUGCUCUCCAGAGCACUUACCGGCACCGGUCUUAGGUCUCCCACCGGAGCUUCUGCCGGUAACGGUCUCCUCGGAGUUCCGUUGAGUUUAACCGGCGGAGAUCAAAACGAAGCAAAUGACAACAAAUUCGAAGCUCUAUUCAACGGAUUCACUGGAUCUCUCGGUCAAACCUCUUCUCAGACUCAUCAUUUCCACCAUCCUCAGGGAGGAGAGAUGCAAGCUCAGAGUUUCGGAGCUCCAUCAGCGCCGCCGCCGAUGAACCAAGGACUAGCCUCGACGGGCAGCGCAUCGACUGGGGGAGGAGCGGCUCCAGCUCAGCCGAAACAGCAACGAGUCAGGGCUCGUAGAGGACAAGCCACCGAUCCGCACAGCAUCGCUGAAAGAUUACGGAGAGAGAGAAUUGCAGAGAGAAUGAAGGCCCUACAGGAGCUGGUUCCCAAUGCUAAUAAGACAGACAAGGCUUCAAUGCUGGAUGAGAUCAUCGACUAUGUCAAAUUCCUCCAGCUGCAAGUCAAAGUUCUGAGUAUGAGCAGAUUGGGCGGUGCUGCAGCUGUUGCCCCCCUUGUUGCUGAUAUGUCAUCUGAGGGAGGUGAUUGCAUACAAGGAAAUGGAGGAAGGAGCAGUAACGGAGCGCCGGCGCAGGCGGCGUCAUCAAGCAACAAUGACAGCAUGACAAUGACGGAGCAGCAGGUGGCGAAGCUAAUGGAGGAGGAUAUGGGCACAGCCAUGCAAUACUUGCAAGGGAAAGGCCUCUGCCUCAUGCCCAUUUCUUUGGCUACUGCCAUCUCCACCUCCACUACUAGGAACACCAUUGCCAACACCUUACUACGCGGCGGAGCCACCAACGCCGCAGACGGCGGCGGCGGCCCCUCCUCUCCUAGCAUGUCGGUUUUGACUGUCCAGUCAACUGCCACAAUGGGUAACGCCACUCCCGAUCCCUCCGUUAAAGACGCCACUUCCGUUUCUAAGCCGUGAUCUUCAUAACGCCCGGCGUUGACUCUUUACACGGAAUCCCUUUUUAUGCAUGCUGAUUAUGAAAAGAUCAGAGGAAUUUGGAUCUCAUCUCUCGGCUUUAGACCAGAAUUUAGGGCCUUAACGUAACAGCGGUCAAGCAAGUCUACCAAAAUAAGGGCCUUUUUUAUUCACUAGCUGUAAAUGAAUUAUGGAAGGACGCCCCUAUUUAAGUAGACUUGUCUUCACUACUUAAGCUUAAUCAAGCUGCCUUAUUAAGCUAACUAUAUAAAAAUGCCAAACAAACUCCUGUCGUUUUCUAUUUCCAUAUUAUUUUAAUAAUCAUCCAAUGUCAAUUAUCUUCAUUUUUUUCCA